CCUCAUUCAAUAUUUAAUUAUAUUAUAUUAAAGUUCAGCUUAUAAAUUCUGUGUACAAUAGGCAAUAGGGACCUGCUCGUAAACAUGGAUGAAGAAGAUGUUAACAAUUGUUCUCACUUCAUUGUAUGUGAACCGAUAAAAACAAUUCCUUCUGAACCCAUAUCAGUAUGUAAAUGUCUAUUACCUGCUGAAGCGUCCCAAGAAGAAAUAAUAUCGGAACAUAAAAAGCUGAUUUUAUCAACAAAUGCUCGAGUAAAAGAUUAUUUGUGUGACCAUCGCAUUCCUGAGUUUAUUAAUUAUUUAAUGACAAAAAUAAUGGUUGACAGUCCUUCGUGCCCUGCCACGUAUACUGCACAGCUUAUAGAAAAAUGUAUGAUCUUUCGGGCAGGCCAUGGUGUUGCUCCGGUAAUAUAUGAAGACAGGCAUUUGGAAGCAGUUAUCAAAAGCUUUGAUCCCAAUAAUCGAGGAUGGCUCACCAGUGGACAAAUGCGCAGGGCUUUUAGGACACUGGGUCUUCCUCCAAUGGAAACUUCAGAUGAAAAAAUUCCAAGUGAUGUAGUUCUGAAUAAUUUAAGAUCUACUCAAGAACACGAGCUCUAUCAAUUAUUGGUCGCAGGAGUAAAGAAGGACGAUUUAAGUCCAUAAAAACACAUA